AAAACCCCCCAACAAAACCCUAGCUUGAAUCCAAAAUUGAAAUUCCAUCUCGAGAGUGAAAUGGGGAGAAUUCCACAGGCUUUCAAGAGGGUAGCCGCUCAAUCCCCGGUUUCCACUCUCCUCAAGGCCAAAACCUCUUCCGCUUUGCAAGAACAGAAAGCCCCUCCUCAUUCGCAGCGGAAGAAGAAUUUUCCCCAGAAAUAUCCCGUCGCCAAAAAUGAUUCAGCACCAAAAUCAACACUUCCGUCGCUCUUCUUCGAGUCUGCAAAUCUCUCCGACGCCAAAUCCCUUUUCAAUUCGUUCAUUUCCUCCACCACCGACGCCCCUUCCGACCCCAGCUUCUACAGUUCAAUCCUACAAUCAUUCUCCUCCAUUUCAUCGCUCCAAGAUUCAAUCUUUUUCCUCAACCACAUGGUGAAGCAGCACCCGCCCUUCUGCCCCAACCGCUUCACCUAUCACACACUUCUUAAGCAGGCUUGUUCCUCCGCAGAUGACCCGUCUCUCUCCGGUGUACACAAUGUGCUCAACCUCAUGACCAACAGCGGCUUUCCCCCUAAUCAGGUCUCCACAGACGUUGCCGCGAGGGCCCUCUGCGAAUGUGGACGAGAAGAGGACGCUGUCGAGCUCGUUAAGGAGCUCUCGACGAAGAAUUCGCCACCCGACACGUACACUUACAAUUUCAUGGUGAGGCAUUUGGUAAAGAAUAGGUCUGUGAGUUCUGCGAAUUCGUUUAUAACUGAUAUGAAAGAGUUUUGUAUAAAUCCGGACCUUGUUACGUAUACUAUAAUGAUUGAUAAUGUGUGUAACACCAAGAAUUUGAGGGAGGCGAUGAGGUUGUUGAGAGUGUUGAGUGAGGAAGGGUUCAAGCCCGAUUGCUAUGUGUAUAAUACGAUUAUGAAGGGCUAUGCGCAUUUGAGUCAAGGCAGUGAUGUGUUGGGAGUGUAUAAAAGAAUGUUGGACGAGGAGGUUGUGCCGGAUCAUAUUACUUACAACACUUUGAUAUUUGGACUCUCGAAAUCGGGUAGGGUUAAGGAUGCUAAGAAGUUCUUGCAAGUGAUGACUGAGAAAGGUCAUACCCCGGAUGCCAUUACUUAUACUUCGUUGAUGAAUGGAAUGUGCCGAGAAGGAGAUGCUUUGGGGGCAUUAGCGUUGUUGGGGGAGAUGGAACGGAAGGGGUGUAGUCCAAAUUCAUGUACGUAUAACACUUUGCUUCUUGGAUUGUGUAAGGGGCGGCAGCUGAAUGAAGGAGUGAAGCUGUAUGAAAUGAUGAAGAAAUGCGAUAUGAAGCUGGAAACUGGGUCAUACGGGACACUCUUGAGAGCAUUAUGUAGGCAGGGCAGAGCUGCUGAAGCUUAUGAGGUUUUUGACUAUGCCGUUGAGAGCAAAAGCAUACCAGAUGUUGCGGCUUAUUCGACGUUGGAAAGUACUCUUAAGUGGUUGAAGAAAGCCAGAGAGCAAGGCCUUGUUGUUUGACAAAAGCUGCUGGUGCUCUUUUUUUCUUUAAGAUAUUUAGUGUUCAUUCGAUAUCAACAAUACUUAACCUUUUUGUAGAAAGGCAUGGGAUACAUGUUCAGAGCAGCUUCUUAAAUUAUCCGCUAUAGUUCAGGUAAAUGCCAGCCUAGAUGGAAGUAUAGUUGUGAAUGUAUGCUACUGGAUUUAAGUGAUUAGUUGUAAUUAGACCUAGGUUCAUGCCUAGCACUUGGGUCUUAUUAGUGUUUUUCGUUGUUGUACAUUUACGUUGAUAGAUUAACCUCUAUAUAGUUUCCUUCUCAAGUUCAACGACUAACUUGGUGUUGCACUGUUGUGUGAUGUCCCCUUUGUCAGAUGGAUUUGAUGUCCAGAAACAUCGUCAUGAUUUCUAUUCAGUUGUUAUCAGCUUGCGUUGAUAUGUUUGUCAUUUUUUCUCAACUGCGCGACUAUGUUACUAUAAUUCAAAGGUGAGUUCCAUUAGUAAGACAGCAUAGACCGCCAAGUUCUUUAAGACCACCAAGAUUAAAGUAGACCGAGUGACAUGUGCCCAAUCGAUCAAGCGCAUUGAGAUACUUGCACGGUCUCAAUUUCUUAAAGUGAUGCAUUUUACUUAUAUAUGUUGCAUUACGGCAUGUAUCACCAACUCUGUAGUUUUAGCUUACAUUCGUCUUCGUCUCCACAGACAAUGCUCGUAAGAUCACAUGCUUGCUGUCUCGUGUCGCUGUAGUGGAGUAAUAAGCUAUGAACUGCUCCAUAUUGGUUGUAGUGGAGCUGCAGAAAUCUCAUUGUAGUGGUUUCUUGUAAGGUAGCCAUGAUCUAUAAAUCAAAUUGUCUUGAUUCGAUUC